CCGGCUUACCGCGCCCUCUAUCCCCGGCUGCGCCCCACGCCCCUCCGGGGGUCCCGGCCAGGACAUGUCGGUCUCCGAGCUCUACACCAAGUACACAAAAGUUUGGAUUCCUGACCCUGAUGAAGUGUGGAGAUCAGGAGAAAUUAUCAAGGAUUACAAAGAAGGGGAUAAAAGCCUACACCUGAAAUUUGAAGAUGACACUAUCUACGAAUAUCCAGUUGAUCUCAAAACCAACCAACUUCCCUUCUUGCGUAAUCCAGAUAUUUUGGUGGGUGAAAAUGACCUGACGGCUCUAAGUUAUCUCCAUGAGCCUGCUGUCCUACAUAAUUUAAAAGUCAGGUUCUUGGAAUCGAAUCACAUCUAUACCUACUGUGGUAUUGUGCUUGUUGCCAUUAACCCAUAUGAACAACUGCCAAUCUAUGAACAAGAUGUCAUCUAUGCAUACAGUGGCCAAAACAUGGGGGACAUGGAUCCUCACAUAUUUGCAGUGGCAGAAGAAGCCUACAAGCAAAUGGCUAGGGAUGAGAAGAACCAGUCCAUUAUCGUAAGCGGAGAAUCCGGUGCUGGAAAGACAGUCUCUGCCAAAUAUGCCAUGCGCUUCUUCGCAUCCGUUGGUGGCUCUGCCAGUGAGACCAACAUUGAAGAGAAGGUUCUUGCAUCCAGUCCAAUCAUGGAGGCAAUUGGAAAUGCUAAAACAACCAGGAAUGACAAUAGCAGUCGCUUUGGGAAAUACAUUCAGAUUGGCUUUGAUAAAAGAUACCAUAUCAUUGGUGCCAGCAUGAGGACGUAUCUGUUGGAAAAAUCAAGAGUUGUGUUCCAGGCAGAUGAUGAACGAAACUAUCAUAUCUUCUAUCAGCUGUGUGCCUCUGCCAGUCUUCCAGAAUUUAAAGACCUAGCACUAACAUGUGCUGAAGACUUUUUCUAUACUUCUAUGGGCGGCGACACAACUAUUGAUGGAAUUGAUGAUGCUGAUGAUUUUGAGAAAACCAGACAUGCUUUCACUCUGCUUGGAGUGAAAGAGUCCCAUCAGAUGAGCAUUUUUAAGAUAAUAGCUUCCAUCCUGCACCUAGGAAACUUGGAAAUUCAAGCAGAACGAGAUGGAGACUCUUGUAGUAUAUCGAAACAGGAUGAACACCUGAAUAAUUUUUGCAGAUUGCUUGGAGUGGAGCACAGCCAGAUGGAGCACUGGCUGUGCCAUCGGAAGCUUGCCACAACAGCUGAGACGUACAUCAAGCCCAUGUCUGUGCAGCAAGUCAUGAAUGCCAGGAAUGCGCUGGCCAAGCAUAUAUAUGCCCAGCUGUUUAACUGGAUUGUGGAGCAUAUCAACAAAGCCCUGCAUACCACCCUCAAGCAGCACUCAUUCAUUGGGGUCCUGGAUAUAUAUGGGUUUGAAACUUUUGAAGUGAAUAGCUUUGAACAGUUUUGUAUCAACUAUGCCAACGAAAAACUCCAACAGCAGUUCAACUCGCAUGUAUUUAAGCUGGAACAAGAAGAGUAUAUGAAGGAACAAAUCCCUUGGACUCUUAUAGAUUUUUAUGACAAUCAGCCCUGCAUAGACCUCAUAGAAGCCAAACUUGGUAUCUUGGACCUAUUGGAUGAAGAGUGUAAGGUUCCUAAAGGAACUGACCAGAACUGGGCACAGAAAUUAUAUGACAGAUAUUCCAGCAGCCAGCACUUCCAAAAACCUCGAAUGUCCAAUACCUCCUUCAUUGUUGUUCACUUUGCAGAUAAGGUGGAGUAUCAGUCUGAUGGAUUUCUGGAGAAAAAUAGGGACACUGUAUAUGAAGAACAGAUCAACAUACUGAAGGCCAGCAAGUAUCAAAUGGUAGCUGACUUAUUUCAAGAUGAAAAGGAUUCUGUGCCUGCUACUCCUACCGUAAAGGGAGCUGCUCCCAAAAUCAGCGUCCGUUCUGCCAGACCAGCUGUGAAAGCUGCCAACAAAGAGCACAAGAAAACCGUGGGGCACCAGUUCCGAAACUCCUUGCAUUUAUUGAUGGAGACGCUGAAUGCCACCACUCCACAUUACGUGCGCUGCAUCAAGCCAAAUGAUGAGAAACUUCCAUUCAAAUUUGAUCCAAAACGAGCAGUCCAGCAGCUAAGAGCCUGUGGUGUGUUGGAAACCAUCCGUAUCAGUGCAGCUGGCUACCCAUCCAGGUGGUCCUACCAUGACUUUUUCAAUAGGUAUCGAGUUCUUAUGAAAAAGAGGGAGAUCUCUAAAAAUGACAAGAAACUGAUCUGUAAAACGCUUCUGGAAAACCUCAUUAAGGAUCCUGACAAGUUCCAGUUUGGACGUACCAAGAUCUUUUUCCGUGCAGGCCAGGUGGCAUAUCUGGAGAAACUGCGGGCAGAUAAAUUCAGAGCUGCUACUAUCAUGAUACAGAAGACAGUGCGGGGCUGGCUGCAGAGGGUGAAGUACAGAAGGAUGAGAAAUGCUGCAAUAACAAUCCAGAGGUAUACACGAGGACACCUGGCUCGCAGAUUGGCAGACCACCUAAGGAAAACAAGAGCUGCCAUCAUUUUCCAGAAACAGUACCGAAUGUUGAGGAUCUUUCAUGCUUUCCAGAAGAUCCGCAAAGCCACUAUCACUAUUCAGGCCUUCACUCGGGGCAUGUUUGUCAGGAAAAUUUACCACAAGAUCCUUUUGGAGCACAAAGCUACCAUCAUCCAGAAACAUGCCCGGGCCUGGCUGGCUCGUAAGCAAUUUCUCCACUUCAAGUGUGCGGCUGUGGUCAUCCAAUGCUACUUCAGGCGCAUGAAGGCCAGGCAAGAACUGAAGAAACUGAAGAUUGAAGCACGGUCUGCACAGCACUUGAAGAAACUCAAUAUCGGCAUGGAGAACAAGGUGGUUCAGCUUCAGAGGAAGAUAGAUGAUCAGAACAAAGAAUACAGGCACCUGAAUGAGCAGCUCUCUGCACUUACCUCUGCCUAUGCCACUGAUGUGGAAAAGCUGAAGAAGGAGCUGGAGCAAUAUCGGCAGAAUCAGGGGGAUACCAACCAGCUUGUAAACUUGAAAAAAGAGAUUGAGAGCCUCAGGCUGGAGCUCGAGAAAUCCCACAGUGAAAGGAAAAUUAUUGAAGACACCUAUGAUAAGGAGAAAGAUCUACUCCGAAAGCGCGUGUCAGAUCUAGAAGAGGAGAAUGCUCUUUUGAAACAGGAAAAAGAGGAGCUUAACAACAGAAUCCUGUGUCAGUCUGAAGAUGAAUUUGCCCAAAACACUGUCAAGGAAAAUCUCCUGACGAAGAAGGAGCUGGAAGAGGAGCGAUCUCGUUAUCAGAACCUGGUAAAGGAGUAUUCAAGGCUGGAGCAGAGAUAUGACAAUCUGAGGGAUGAGAUGACUAUUAUAAAGCAAACCCCAGGACACAGAAGGAACCCAUCUAACCAGAGCAGUCUAGAGUCUGAUUCCAAUUGUCCAUCAGUCUCAACAUCUGAGAUAGGAGACACAGAGGAUGCAAUACAACAAGUGGAGGAUGUUGGUUUGGAUAAAGCAGCCAUGGAUAUGACACUCUUCCUGAAGCUACAAAAGCGAGUGAGGGAACUUGAACAGGAGAGAAAGAAACUGCAAACCCAGCUGGAGAAAAAGAAAUCCCAGGUAAUUGAAACGAAGAAUGAAAUGGAUUCAGACCGUGAUACCGAUCUAGCCUACAACAAUCUGAAGAGGCAAGAAUUGGAAUCGGAGAACAAGAAACUGAAAAAUGAACUGAAUGAGCUGAGGAAGACUAUUGUAGACCGGGUGACCCAAAACAACUCAUCCAGUGAUGUCCAGGACAGUUAUACCCUCUUAUUAAACCAGCUUAAAUCAGCCAAUGAGGAACUGGAAGUGCGGAAAGAGGAAGUGCUUAUCCUAAGGGCACAGAUUAUAAAGGCAGCCCAGCAAAAAGACAUUGGCAAAAAUAUGGACUCAAACAUCAACACAUAUACCAGCUGGCCAAACAGCGACAAGCAUGUCGAUGCAGAAGAUGCAAUUGAGGCCUACCAUGGGGUGUGUCAGACAAAUCGCAAGACUGAGGACUGGGGCUAUCUCAAUGAAGAUGGAGAGCUCGGCUUGGCCUAUCAGGGUCUAAAACAAGUUGCCAGGCUCCUGGAAGCCCAGCUUCAGGAUCAGAGGAGAGAGCACGAAGAGGAGGUGGAAACUCUGAAAACCCAGAUGGAAACCCUGAGAGAAGAGAUGGAGAAACAGCAGCAGACAUUUUUCCAGACCCUACAGCUACCACCAGAGGCCCAGGUGGAAUUUGGCAUCCAGCAAGAAAUUGCACGUCUCACAAAUGAAAAUCUGGAUCUCAAAGAGUUACUAGAAAAACUAGAAAAGAAUGAGAAGAAGCUGAAGAAACAGCUAAAGAUUUACAUGAAGAAGGUCCAGGAUUUUGAAGCGACCCAAGCUACAGCACAGACAGAGAGGAGGCGACAUGAGCUUACCAGGCAAGUCACUGUUCAACGGAAGGAAAAAGAUUUCCAGGGAAUGUUGGAAUAUUACAAGGAAGAUGAGCCACUUCUCAUCCGAAACCUCAUUACAGAUCUCAAACCGCAGACAGUUUCUGCCACAGUUCCAUGUCUUCCUGCUUACAUCCUCUACAUGUGCAUCAGGCAUGCAGAUUACAUCAAUGACGACCAGAAAGUGCACUCCUUACUCACCUCCACCAUAAACGGCAUUAAGAAAGUAUUAAAGAAACACAAUGAUGACUUUCAGAUGACGUCAUUUUGGCUGGCUAACACCUGUCGCCUCUUACAUUGUCUAAAGCAGUACAGCGGGGAUACGGGUUUUAUGACACAAAAUACCGCUAAGCAGAAUGAGCACUGUCUUAAGAACUUUGACCUCACGGAGUACCGGCAGGUUUUAAGUGACCUCUCCAUUCAGAUCUAUCAGCAGCUCUUUAAGAUAGCAGAAGGCAUGUUGCAACCAAUGAUAGUGUCUGCAAUGUUGGAAAGCGAGAGUAUCCAGGGUCUGUCAGGCGUGAAGCCAAUGGGCUACAGGAAUCGAUCAUCCAGCAUGGUAGAUGGUGACAACUCUUACAGUUUAGACGCAGUCAUUCGCCAACUGAAUACAUUUCACAGCAUCAUGUGUGACCAGGGCCUGGACCCGGAGAUUAUUCAGCAAGUCUUCAAGCAGCUCUUCUAUAUGAUCAAUGCAGUAACGCUGAACAACCUCCUGCUGAGAAAAGAUGUCUGUUCAUGGAGCACUGGUAUGCAGCUCAGGUAUAACAUAAGCCAGCUGGAGGAAUGGUUGCGUGGGAAGAAUUUGCAACAGAGUGGAGCAGCAGAGACAGUGGAGCCCCUGAUCCAGGCAGCACAACUGCUUCAGCUCAAAAAGAAAACUUCAGAAGAUGCUGAGGCUAUCUGUUCCUUAUGUACAUCCCUCUCUACGCAGCAGAUUGUAAAAAUAUUAAAUCUCUAUACUCCUGUUAAUGAGUUUGAAGAACGUGUGACAGUAGCCUUCAUACGAAACAUUCAGGCAAAUUUGCAAGAGCGAAAUGACCCUCCCCAGCUGCUGUUAGACUACAAAUAUAUGUUCCCAGUUUUGUUUCCGUUCAGCCCAUCCUCCAUAACCAUGGACUCUAUUCACAUCCCUGCUUCUCUCAACUUGGAAUUUCUCAGUGAAGUCUGAAGAAAAUGUCUUCAAACCGGUCCCCCUUCACCAGAGAACUCAAGCAAAAAAAAAAAAAAAAAAAAAGGAAAGAUCUUUUUGAUGUGGACCAAACAAGAUUAUGGAAGAACCAAUACACAGUAAUCAGUUAGUGCUAAACUUUAUACUACAAUAAGACACUGAUCUUGUAUGUGAUUUUUUUUUUUUUUUGUAACUUGCAGCUCAAAAUAAGAAUACUUGAAAUACCGAAUUUUUUUAUUGCUUGAUUUCAUGUUGAAAUAGUGCAAAGCCUAUAACAGAGUCUCGAACAGAUAUGAACAGCAAACACUGGCAAAUGGGAGAUGGUUAAUUUGGUCUUCAUAAGGGGCUAUGAAGAAACUCCAGAUAAAAAUCAAAGUCAAAACACUGUCUUCAGAAAAAUGAUGGCAUUGAUAAGGUGGUUUGUACAUAUUAAUGCAUUUCUAUACAGAGAGACAAUUUCACAUUUCUUCCUGUUGCUAGUCACUGUAUCACAAUGGUCAGUUCAGAAAUAUAAGUUGCAAAAUGUGUGAAUAAGUGUUCAUCACACAGGUUAUGGUGACAGACUGAAAACUACGCUUGUUUUCACCAAGGUGGAUUUUAUUUGUCAGGAAUUCUGACUUCCUGAAAGUCACCACUGCUCUCCAAACUUCAUCCAAUACGCCUUUAUUUCUGUGCAUGCUGCAGAGAUGUGGCUAGAGGUGGUCAUUUGGACUUUCUCUUGCCCACAAAAUUGUGGUGAUGGCCUCAAAGCUUUCUGAUGCAAUAAUCCAGUAGGUGAGGGGCUGUAGUCUAUCUCCCCCCAGCCAUACAGGAAACUUGCAUUCUAAAAUCCACUCCUGGCUUUACCCUAUGCUUUUAGGAGUUAAGAUACUGCCACAUCCAGUAAAGACAAAGAUGCUCCACAAGUUUUUAAUACCUUACAUAAUUAUGGAGGGCAGUAGCUGUUUCCGUGGGCUGAUAUAGCCAGUACCAGAAUCCAUGUAGCAAAACUAGACCUACACCCAGGGCUGUCCCUUGGAGGGUUUCAGGCUGGGACAUAGGCACCGAGUUUCUAAUCUGUCCAGGGGUGCUCCGUCCCCACUCCACCCCUUCCCCCUACUGCCUAUUCCGCCCCGCCUCUUCCCCGCCCAGUUUCACUCCUCUCCCCUCCCCCACAGCACUUCCUGACGCCGUGAAAUAACUGAUCCACGGCAGGGGCAGGUACUGAUCUGUGUGCAGGUGGUGCUGUGGGGGGGGAAGGUUCUGGCAGGGGGGCUGUCAGUGGCUGCUGCUUGCCUCAUUACCCACGCCUGCCUGCCGCUCAACCUCCCCCUUUGCCCUCUGACCCUGCCUCACCUCCCUACCCGCCUCCUCAUGAUUUUAUGGAAGCAUGGGGCCAGGGCGGUUGCCCCAAUUCACCAUACCCAAGGGACGGCUCUGCCUACACCAUUCUAUAAGUUAUGGCGUUUUUCAUGUGUGUGUAUAACACAUGUAAACUCAAUUUAGUUAAAUGAAGUUCCUGAUCCUGCUCACAUUGGGUGAAAUCCUAGCCCUAAUUAAGUCAGUGGAAAAACUCCAAUUGACUUAGAGAGGGUCAGAAUUUUACCCAUUGAAUUCAGUAUCAAUACUUCUUUUGACCAGUGGUGCAGCUUCAGGGCCUAAGCUAACAAACAAAAGGAAUACUAGCAAUAAUUUAAUUCACAGUGUUUUAAAGCAAAAGAGAAUGGGUAAGAAGUUGAAUGACUAAGUCCAUGUCUAUACUAGCACUUAUGUCGGCAAAACUUUUGUCGCUGAGAGGUGUGAAAAAGACCUCCAAGCGACAUAAAGUUUGCUGGCAUAAGCGCUCGUGUGCACGGCGCUAUGUUGGGAGGAGACGCUCUCCUGCUGACAUAGCCACGGCCACUCACUGAGCUGGUUUUAUUAUAUUGACAGGUGAGUGCUCUCCUGUUGGCAUAACACAGCUAAGUAAGUGCUCUGACAGCAGCACAGCUGUAUCAAUAAUGUUAAGUGUAGACAUGGCCCAGCUCAGAAAUCCUAAAACUGUAUUUUGAUAACCCAAAGCACUUUAACAGAACAUAAAGUCAACAAUAAUCUUAAAUUCCUAUCAGAAUAAUGAAUUAAAAACUGUCAAAUACAAGAAGUUAUCAGAUAAAAUCAUUUGAAUUGUGAUCCAAUAGGAUUUUUUUGAAAUCUUUAUUAAUAUAAAAAGUUCCCUCUUCCUCACUAUUCAGGAAUUAAAAUGGGUCUGCUAUUCCCAAAGCAUUUAUUGACCAUUCUCAGUACUUGCCAGAAUCUAUUUAAUUCCCAGUAGUCAUAGGAAAUGCUCUCCUCACUAGAAGAAAAUGGCAUAUAAAGGUAGACAGUGCCAUAUAACAGCAAUGAUUGUAUUAAUUUGUGAUGGGGCAUGUUUACAAAUUAUGACCUUUGCAGCUUUAAGGUCACAACACUUUUUGCAGUUCUAACUUUCCAGGCUGCAAAAUGCAAUGGGGAGAUUUGUCACUUGCAAAGGCCCAGUCUUUUGCAAAUGAUGAACAUGUAGGCCUGUUCACCUCCAUAAUGGUCCUCCCUAAGAAAAUCUUGAUUUCUUUGCAUUUACUGCUAUGGUUCUUAUUGUGUCUCAGCAGUUUCAUGAUGACAAAGUGCUUUUUAGAAAAACCUAUCUGCAUUUUUCAGACUAUUUUUAGUUGCUGUAAAUCAUCUCCAAAUAGCAAAUUUAUGAUAAGGUAUCCAAUUAUCCCAGAACAUGAGAAUUUUUUAGACAUACACUACACCCCAAACAGAACAUACCAUGGUCACCUUUUAGACAAGGAGUGUGUCCUGAUUUAGACAUUAUGUAUAUAAUCUGUGUAUAUACACAUACUAUAAUAGUCCUGUAUAUGUAUAUUGCUAUAAAAAGCAAACGUUAAAGAAGUGAGUGCUAGUAAGAGUUAUAUUGGACUAUGUCUACAGUAAAAGUAUAUGCGCUCAAACAAAAGACUAUGGUUUAGCAUAGCUAUUACCAGUGAAGGAUAUAAUUAAGCCAAUUCACAAUGGAGGAGGAACCUUUUCCUAGAACCAGUGCCCAUAAUAGAGUAUAGCAGAACAUUUAUUGCCAGCACUACCUCCAAACUACACUCCUUGAUCAUUUGCACCUAAUGUAUGUAUUCAGUAAUGCCUUCAUUUUUCUCCCAUUUACAGUAGGAAUCAUACCACAUGUUGGCUGCGGCUCAGAAAGCCUGCUUUCUUGCUCUUCUCAGUGUCAAAUGCCUGCCUAAAGUAGUAGUUUUUAUUAUAGCUACCUCUUCGGCUACAAUAUUUCUUCAAAGCAUAUGUUAAAUUUUUCAGUGCAUUUUAUUUUUCAAUUAAAUCCUAUGUUUCUCCUGCCGUGAACCCAUCUUCACACUAAAGAAAAAUAAUCUGAAGCAAAACUUAGUCCCAUGAGACACAGAUGCUAUCCUCACAACUCAUCUUAUGCCAGCAGUUUCUUCUCAGGCUCUUUGGGUCUCUACCUCUCUCUAAUGUUGUGAAUUAUUCACUGUACGACUCCACCAGGAUUCACCAAACUUAAUGCUUAUCAAUCAGACUAAAUUAAAGGGAGCUGCAAAAUCCUCUUCCACAAUGGUCUUGUUACUAAUCACAGGUGUAAAAUGUGGUUAAUGUUCUUCAAAGAGAUAAUGGUAUUUCACUGGGAGCUGUAAGGAACUUAAUUUAUAUGUAUUAUAAAAAGAAUCUCUUACAAACCAUUAGUAUUGAAAUAGAUAGGAACUGGGUAUUUAAUGUUUUGAUGUGUAAUAAUUUAACUUAUCCACUAAGCUGCAUUUGGAAAAGGAUUCUGCAGAAAAUAUCAUUAAUGUACCUGAUCUUUUCUGUUAGCAAUUUUUAAAAUAUCUGGUUUAAUUCAGUUGUAUUAUCAUGCUCAAAUAGGCCUUUUUCCCUCAAAAAUCUGCAAUGUCUGUACAUUAAAAGAAAAUUCAAAAAUGUUAAAUGUAAAAGCACGGCUUUUGGAAAACUUUGCUUUUCAGAUUUGUUUUAAGUAUUGAUGACUAAGAUGAGUACUUUCCCACUGUGUACCUUUAGCUGUUACUAAGAUAACUGACUUCUCAAUGUUUCUCUGAAAAAAGUGUUAAGCUGUGGGAAAAUUUUAAUGUCAUAUCAUAAAAGUCUGUAGAUUCAUAAGUUCGCUUAUAAAGCAUUACAUUACACUGAGAAGGUUUGCAAAAAUGUUUUUAAUCUCCUCACAUUUUUUUCCAUGCAUUCUGUUUCUAAGGGAAUGAUUGGGACUAGUCCCCUAAUCUCCACGGAAAUGUAAACUAUAUGUAAUAUAAAAAUAAUCAACACUGACUAUAACCAUAAACUUGACUUCAUGCAUGCAUUCUCUGCUGUGUAGUCCGUGUUCAAGACACUUCCACAACAUCCAGGACAUAACUUCCAAGUUUUAUUUUAGUUUGAAACUGGCUUCAGUUUCUUUUCAAUUGUAUUUUUGUAGCCGUUCCUGUUGAUCUUUCACAGCUACUGUAAAUUUACACUAAGAGUUUGGGGAAAGGAACAUCAUCCAUCAAAGCUCAAAACUGAAUUGUGCAACCUUUGCUUGUGCACAAAAUUCCUCACUCAAUUACAUCAUUGAAUCCACUGGAAUUAAUCAUAAGUGAGAAUUUCUCACCUGAGCAAGGAUAACAAGAUUGUAUACAUAGAUCCUGCAACCACACACAUAAAUAACUUUGUGAGUAGUCCCAUUUUAGUCAAUAGACCUGAUUCUCCACUCUAUUAGCUGUAAGACCAAUAAUAAUAAUGGAGAAUCAAACCCAAUCUGACUGAUCGCGUGAGUAAAAUUACUCACAUGUGUAAGUGUUCACAAGAUUUCACCCUCAAUUUGUACAGCCCAAGUGAACUGCAAAAGGUUUAAGUGACAUUAAUGAUAAAACACUUGUAAUACUAGGUCAUAUUUCUUUCCCAGUCAGACAAUAGGCUGACUAUGUAAACUUAUUCUAGUCAGAUUAAAAUUGUUGCGGACAGUGUUGCAGAAGUAACAUUUCUUAACUGCACUUUAAUGUGCCAACAUAAUUAAAGUAUAUUACAUGAACCUCCAUAAACCUUCUCUUCCAACCUUAUUGAAUUACAUAUAGUACAACCAUAACUGACAAUUAUUUUCUUUCUGAAAUUAUAGCAGAGUAAACGUUAAAGGGAAACAAUUUGGAAAAUAUUUUUCCCUUCAGAAGUAUAGAAUUUAUUUUUUAAAAACUGCAAAUGUCAGAAAAUAGAUCUUGAAACAAAACUGAAAUUUAAACAAACUGUCCAAAAAUGUGCUGCGAUAACAGUCCAAGUCCUAUUUUUUUGUGUGAAGUCUCAUUACCUUAAUGAGCAGAAGGUUCAGCUGUUCUGAAGGAGUCUGAAUGAUAUUCAGGGGGGUGAACCCUGGAAUGUAGAUGAAAUACUACUGCUGAUAAAAUAUUUUUCCAUUUUGAACAAAUCUGUAAACGACACCUUUGUUUAUAGGAAAUGCUUGUAAUAGUUACUGUAAUAUUCAGCUGUGGAUAAAAAUUUGUGAAAUAAAUACUUUUGAAUAAAUUAAAUCGUGAC